AUGCCUCAACUAAACCCUGCACCAUGAUUUUUUAUCAUGAUCAUUUCAUGACUCACCUUCUCCCUCAUCAUUCAACCCAAAAUCCUAUCAUUCGUCUCAAUAAACCCACCAUCUAACAAACCCCCAGCUGCACCAAGCACCACCCCCUGAACCUGACCAUGAACCUAA